UCUCAAAGAUCCAAAGUCAGUUAUAAAGCUUGUUCUUGGGAUUGUAAUGAUUUUUACAUUGGUAAAACUAAGCGACGGCUCCAUGAUAGGAAGACUGAACACUUCAAGUGCCUAACAAAAAAGUAAAAAAAAAUGAUCACUCUUCGGCUCUUCCAUAGCACUGCCACCGGACAUAACAUUAAGUGGGAUCACUUUGAAAUCUUAACAUCUGGCAAAACAGAUUAUCACUGUAAGAUAAAAGAAACAUUGUUUAUACCCAGCAACAUCAGCAGUGAAAAGGUGAUGUUGUAU